AUGGCAUCCGACGCACCUCCAAGCGACCUCCGCCGCCCCCAGCGCUUCAUCACAGACCACAACCCCGAGGGCAAGGCCAUAUUCAACAGCUCCCUGCCCGAGGAGAUCCCCCAACAGACCGUCGGCGGCAACGCAAAGUUCUACCUGGGCUACACGACGGAGCAGACGCCCGCCUCCUUCACGGGCAACGCGGACAUCUCCUCGUACGCCGAGCGCCUCGCCAACCCGCCCGGCAUCGUCAUCCCCGGCGGCAGCGUCAUGCGCAUCGUCGACAUGCCGCCCGGCUCGCUGUCGCCGAUGCACCGCACCGUCAGCCUCGACUACGGCGUCGUGCUCGAGGGCGAGAUCGACCUCGUCCUCGACUCGGGCGAGCGCGGUACCAACCACGCGUGGAAGAACGUGAGCGAGACCGGCUGGGCGAGGAUGCUGUACGUGCUGCAGGAGAGCCAUCCGCUCGAGGUUGGCGGCAAGGUUCUGAAGGAGGAUUACGGCGAGGGUAUGGGUGAUGUUAAGCCGUCUGGCAACUAA